AUGCAUAACUAUACUCAUUCACUUACUUCGGGUACUGCUAUGCUUGAAGAAGAUAUUCAAUUAUAUGAUUCUGAAGACGAUUUUGAAGAUGAUAGUGAAGACAAUCUUGAAGAUAAUUCUAUCACAAAUGAUUUAUUUGAAGUUGAUUCUAGUAUGUUAGAAAUCGAAAAUAGCAUUAAUCUGGAUCAAGCUUUGGGUAAUACGGAUCAACCUUUAAUUCUAGAUGAAGUUAUUGAUCAUAGUGAAAAGGACUUUGACAUUGACGCACUUGUUAAUCAAGGAAUACAGAUGCGAAAUGCAUCAAUAGAUGAGGAAACCUAA